GCACUGUUCCACUUUUAUUUUACUCCAUGAAGGAAAGACUACAAAAUGGGGAAGGUUUGAUACAGGGCACCAUAAUCCAUUCACCAUCCCAGCACAUCCACAGGAGCCCUGCCCAGUUGCUAUGCCAACCCUGAUGGUCCUAGACAGAAGACAAUCAAGAUCACGAAGAACUUCCAUAUGGGAGUGGAUUCAGCAUGGACUGGAACAAAGGACAAUGAUCAGAUCUUCCCUCAGGGGGCAGGAAACUGCGACUACCUUUUGUCUUCAGAAAAUGACUCAUGGGGAGGGGGAGAAGGGAACCAGCCAGGUGACAGGACACUCAGGUUACCACCACAACUCCUCCCUCAACCCCUCCUUUCUGUAAUGUAUGCAUGAUGUUUCUGGGCUUGACCUACAGGAUGGGAAUUUCAAAAGUUUUUAUAAGGUCUUGCACACCAUUUUUCUGUGUCUUUCCUCUCUCCUGCAAGUGAGGGGAACACCCUGUUGCAACAGUUCAAUAAAGGCCAAGCCUACCGGCUGCUGAUUUGCUCCAAUUUACUCUGGUUGGUGUCUUUACUUUUUGUCCAAGGGAGCCCUCGGAUUUUUCCGGUAACACAGGUUAAGAACGGACCUCUGGAACAAAUUAAGUACUUAACCUGAGGUACCACUGUAAUUCACUGAACAGAAGAGGGGCAGCCAGGGGUGACUGGUGCCCAUCAUAGCUGUCAACUUUUCCCUUUUCUUGCAAGGAAUCCUAUUCGAAAUAAGGGAAUUUCCAUUAAAAAAAGGGAAACGUUGACAGCUAUGGUGCCCACUGGGACCAGUGAGGCAGAAAGCAGAGAUCCCAGCAGGAGAGUCUGCUAAUGUUAGUUUUCCCUCAUCCAUUUCCCUGCUGAGUUCUACAAUGGCAACAGAUACUGAAGAGGAAUAAGAUGAAAGGCAGAGAGAUACCCUCUUGACAUAAGUGAGAAGGCAGGCAGGUGGCGGCUGGCUGGCGCUGACUGAUGUUGGUGGGAAAGUGUUCCAUUUGCCCAAAUGGACCAGUCAUCAUGGAGGAGGGAGCAUUUAGGGUGCAUAGCUCAUCUGGAUUUCAGUUUCUUUGCCAAGUUCAGGCCUGAAACUGAAUGGAAAUGGACGUAGUCGGUCCCAUCCAAGAGAUCAUGGAGUUGUAUAACAAACAACCUGCUCCAGCAUUGCCCAGGAAGGGAAAAUGCAAGGUAAAUUGUUGCAAUCCUCCUGGCUUAGAGAGGGGCUCUUUCAGGAGCAGCAACCCGGCCACCGGCUCUAAAGAGCAAUCCCUCUUGCAGAGAUGUGUCUUCUUCUUCUUCUUCUUCUUCUUCUUCUUAUACCCCACCCAUCUGGCUGGGUUUUUCCAGCCACUCCGGGCAAAUUACAACAUAUAAAAAAUUACAACAUUAAAAAAUUUCCCAAUACUGGGUUGCCUUCAGGUGUCUUCUAAAAGUCAGAUGGUUGUUUAUUUCCUUGACAUCUGAUGGGAGGAUGUCGUAUUUAUAAGAACAGCAACUGGAACCAAGGUUUGAAUUAAUUUUAAACUGCCACAGCAAAUACAGGAAGAUUGUUAACUGAUACGUUUUGCUGUCCUAUUUGUUUCAUGCAGUAUAUUAACAUGUAUCGUUUUUUCAUGAUCUGGUAGCAGUUUUAUUUUAUGUUAUUCCGGAUAGACAACACAAUGCCCUCCAUAUGCUGUUGGGCUAUAACUCCCUUUUCAUCCGUGGCCAAUCAUCAUGCCAGCUGGAGCUUAUGGAUGCUGAAAGUUCAACAACACCUGGAGGCUACUAGUUUGAUCAACCCCAUCUAUAUAGAUAAAGGUAAAGGUAAAAGUACCCCUGCCCGUACAGGCCACUCGUGACCGACUCUGGGGUUGUAUGCUCAUCUCGCUUAAGAGGCCGGGAGCCAGCGCUGUCCGAAGACACUUCUGGGUCACGUGGCCAGCGUGACGAAGCUGCUCUGGCGAGCCAGCACCAGCACAGCGCACGGAAACGCCGUUUACCUUCCCGCUAUAAAGCGGUACCUAUUUAUCUACUUGCACUUAGGGGUGCUUUCGAACUGCUAGGUGGGCAGGAGCUGGGACCGAACGACGGGAGCUCACCCCGCCGCGGGGAUUCGAACUGCCGACCAUACAAUUGGCAAGUCCUAGGCACUGAGGUUUUACCCACAGCACCAUCCACGUCCCAUCUAUAUAGAUAAUUAUCUAUGAAUAGGUAUUUCUAAUAAAGGCUGUGUUACCACCCUGGUGAGUCAAUUAUAAUAAAUAUUUUUAAUAAAUAAGGAUUCUGUUACCACAAAUUACCAGUCUGGUAUUUAUACAGAUGAAUAUCUAUGAAUAGAUGAAUAUCUUUAGCAAAUGAGUAGUACUGAGCUACCACCAAUUAUCGCUUUUUGUGUGUGAAUGGCACAACACAGUCAAAUCUCGCAUACAUUUGAGCUUUGUACAAAAAUGUCUCAAAACAUACCUCUCACAUUUCAAGGCCUUUUUGGACCCUCGGCUUACACUUACUUUCUUUAUCAAGCUGUUGAGAUUCUUCUGCUGUAACAGUGGAAUCUGACGUCCGAUGGAUGCAAGUGAUUUUCUCCUCAAAUUGGUUUGCAAACAAGUCAGAGGGAGCUGCUGUUGGUUCUACCACCUCCUUCGGGCAUAAAUGGCCCCACGCUACUUGGAAAAGCUCUGCUGGGGCAGCGUAGUGAGGAUGCUAUGGAGGCAACAAUGUAUGCCUUCUUUGCUACCUUCACUGCCACUAGGUAGGGUUGAUUAUGAGCCCCCCCAAUGUUGGAUUGCAUUCAACUGGAGUUUUCUUCCACUUCCAUUCAAGCAGUCUCCCAGCCUGUUUCUUCACCCUAACUCUGGAGUAUACCAGGGAGCCAAAUGGGCUCCAUGAAGUGGGAGAGGGUGCUCAGGGGUAAUCGUGUCAAUGACGCGAGCAAUUUGGAUGCUCCAGAGGUCACCCACGGCUUUGACAGGAGCGCCAGUCAAAUCAGCAGGGGAAUUCAAGAGCCGUCUUAGGAAUCAUUACACUUAGGAAUCCGCUUACACUUACUUUCUUUAUCAAGAUGCUUGGUAUCUCAUUUCAUUAUUUAUUUCCCUUAUGAAUCAUUUCCCCCUCAGGCAUCCAGAGGCUAUUUACAACACAAUAAAAGUUAAAUAUAUUGUAAUGAGUUUGAUUCCCCUGUGUUAUGAGUUUGUGGGUGCCAGACAUUUAAUAUCUGGACCCAGAUAUUAAGAGCUAGAUAAACUAAAUAAGUGAACCUCAUGAGGUAAUUGCCUGGGAGAGGAGCCAUUUAUAGAACAAAGGAAAGGUAAUAAGCUAUUAAGGCAAAGACUCUGGACCAGAAGGCAAAUGGGUGGAGCCCCUCCUUCAACUCAGAGUCAGAAGGCAAAGCCAGUGUUUGAAAUAGUUUUAGGGUUGAGUGUGAUGUGACGGGGGGGGGGGGGGAGGUUGCAGUCUAGUAAAGGCAGCAGCUGGAAAGAGCAUCAGAGCAAAAUGGCUGGUGUCUGUUUGAAUCAUAAACUGCAGCCAUGAGAAAAACAAGACCCUCUUGGGCUGUUAAUGCUGUGAACCCCUCCAUUAUACUCAGCUCAGGUUGUAUAUGUGUGUGUGCGUGUGUAAGUAAACCAUAUAUUCUAUAGGCACCAUAGUGUCCUCUGUGCCUCAUUCCCAAAAGAAAACACAAACACUGGAACCCCUGGAAACUCACACCACUCGAAGAUUGGGGUGGCACUCAACACUAUAAACACACACACACUUACAUGGUUUAAAACAGCAGCAGGAACACACACACACACACACACAUGUUCAAUUGAGAAGCAACCUUGAUUUCAGCUACCAUGAAGAUCUCCUCCAGAAGGUUUGGUGACAGAGGGGCAUCUUUUAGCAGGUGCUGAAAAGACUUCAAUAGAGAAGGUGGACGCCUGAUAUACAACGGUAGGAAGUUCCAAAGAUCAGGUGCUAACUCAGCGUAUAAUACACUCAUCUCCUACAAAAACUGCACUCAGCUGCUUCUACUCUUGAUUUUUAAUUUUUUGCUUUUGCUGUUAUCCUUUCCUUAGUCCGUACAGCAUGAGACUUAAUGUCAGGGUCGUGGGAUCGAGCCCUACACUGGGCAAAAGAUCCCUGCAUUGCAAAGGGUUGGACUAGAUGGCCCUCGGGUGUCCCUUCCAACUCUUAAGAAUGUCACGCUUCUGUGAAAUUACAUCCACUCACCCUUCCCCUCCCGCCUUUCGCCCUUUAGCCACACCCCCUCACGCCUUUAGCCACGCCCACCCCUCUCUCUUCCCCCCCCUCCCCGCUGAACCCGAGAGCCGCACGCGACCGCUCUCCCGCGGGCGAUUGGCUGGCGCUUUGCGUUCCCUGUUCGCGGGCGGUGGCGCGAUCGGCCCACCUGAUGACGCCGCCGCCCGGGGCCGCCGCCAUUGGUCAGGCGCCGAGCGGGGAGGGUUGCCAGGCGAUGUGGCGCGCGGCGCAGCGGUUGGCGGCGUCGGCAGCAGCUGUUGCUGCCGGGGCAGCCGGAGGAGAAGGCUCUGCAGCGCGCGCGCUCUCCGCUUCUGCUUCUUCCGCCUCCUCGUCUUCGUGGGGAAGCUUGUAUCGUCGCAGCCUCGGGCAGGUGCUGCAGCCACUCCCGCCUCCUCAGUCUCGGCGGCCGCUUCCUUCGCUUUGCGUGAGUGCAGAGGCCGCGUGCCGGCCCGGGGACGGAACGCGGUAAGGACCAAAAAAGGCCCGGGGGCGGAAGGGAGUUCGAAGCGAUGCCGCUGAGUCACCCGCGGGGAAGCGAAGGGAGGUGGCGGUGUAGCGUCCAAUAAUAAUAAUAAUAAUACAGUGGUACCUCGGGUUAAGUAUUUAAUUCGUUCCGGAGGUCCGUUCUUAACCUGAAACUGUUCUUAACCUGAAGCACCACUUUAGCUAAUGGGGCCUCCUGCUGCCACUGCACCACCGGAGCAUUGGAUUUCUGUUCUCAUCCUGAAGCAAAGUUCUUAACCUGAAGCACUAUUUAUUCAGGUUAAGAACAGUUUCAGGUUAAGAACGGACCUCCGGAAUGAAUUAAGUACUUAACCUGAGGUACCACUGUAUUAUCUACAUCAGGCGUGGCCAAGCUCGGCCCGCCAGCUGUUUUGAGACUACAGUUCCCGUCAUCCCUGACCACUGGUCCUGUUAGCUAGGGAUGAUGGGAGUUGUAGUCCCAAAACAGCUGGAGGGCCGAGUUUGGGGGUGCCUGAUCUACAUCAGUGUUUCCCAUGCUUGGGUCUCCAGCUCUUUUUGGACUACAAUUCCCAUCAUUCCUGACCACUGGUCUUGCUAGGUAGGGAUGGUGGGAGGUGUAAUCCAAAAAAACAGCAGGAGACCCUAGGUUGGGAAACACUGAUCUACAUCCAGUAUCUACUUCCCUAUUGAAAAGGCUUGGGUAGGGAAUAUGUUUUCAGGUUUUUUCUCUGCAUCUGGUGGAAGUAAGUUCCCUUCCUCCAUCCACAGCCCUGAGAAAUCUUACUUAAUGUCCUCUUGUUCUUAUUGCACUUUCCUUUAAAGAGGUGCAGAUGGCACCUGUUGUUCUCUUCCUCCUUCCCCCACUUUUUCCCCCACAACAGGCCCCUCAGGGGGUUAGGUGACCAAGAUAAAGAUUGUGUAAGCUUCUGGUAGAGAUGGGAUGGAUACCAACCUGAAACUCUGAAGAGCCACUGCUAGUUUUUGUAGACAGUACUAAGCUCGGUAAUUUCCUGUAUGUUUAUCCUUUGUAGUUUCCCUUGGGAUUUUGAAAGAGAUGGAGCUUUUGGAGACGGAGCAUGUAGCUCCCUCUCUUUUCCUAGUGUAGAUUUCUAAAACAUUUUUGUUAAACAGCAAAAGUAGCAUACUUCCCACUAUAGCAACAGUUCUUUGCUUCCAAAUUAAACUUUCAGCAGCAAAGCUCUGCUGCUGGAGUCCACAGCUUUAUAAGCGCUCAGAACUUUUGCUACUGGGGCUGACAAGUGACAUGGACCUGAAGUAGGCUGGGGGAUUAAAAAAAAUUCUAUAGCAUUCCCAAUAUACAAAGGUGUUUCAAGGUAUGCUCAUAGUUGUACUUUUCCUCUCUUUGUUUAAGCAGUUGGGUAAGUCUGCCACAUGUUUUCCUGGCAGGACUCUCAUAUUUUUAACAAAGCAUUUGCUACAUCUUUUACUAGCCCUUUACUUUUGUCAGCAGUGCAAUACACAGUUUGAAAGCACGGCAGUGCAAGUAGAUAAAUAGUUACCACUGUGGCGGGAAGCUAAACGGCGUUUCCAUGUGUACUGGUUUCCGUCACGGUGUUCUGUUGAGCCAGAAGUGGUUUAGUCACGCUGGCCACAUGACUCGGAAAGCUGUCUGUGGACAAACUGGCUCCCUUGGCCUGAAAGCGAGAUGAGCGCCACAACCCCAUAGUCUCCUUUGACUGAACUUAACUGUCCAGGGGUCCUUUACCUUUUUACCUUUAUACAGAGAAGUAUAGCAGGUGAAGCCUUAUCACUGUAGACAAAUCAAAAAAGCUUCCAUCUAUUAAACAGGUACUAAUAAAGGCAUUGGCUCAGGGCUAGUUAAAAAGGAGGAGGUGGUCUACUUUAACAAAUGCUAAGUAUAGUUGGUGCCUAAAGACACUAAAGGCUUUGUGUGUUUUCCUGUAAAGUCAUGCUAGUGCAAGAUAAAACAAGUAGUGAUAGCUAUGUAUUGUGUAAAAAAUGGUGGACUCAUAUUCUUACUGAACUAAGAAUAUUGGCUGAGGAUCAAAAUUAACUUUGUCUAGCCAUCAGAAAUUAUAUGCACACUUGAUGGUUGCGUUGGUUGUGAAGUUUAGGCAAGUUUCUAGCUUUGGCAAGUAUAAUGGACACUCAUCUGCAUGCCUGUGCUCUGCUGACUCUAGGCAAACAUUAGGAAAUCUUGUAAGUUCUAAUACUGUUCAUUAAAUAUUUGUGUAAUUGUGGGUUGUUGUUUUUUGUCAUCAGUAUUUUUAUUAGGAGCAUCAAUACUGUAACCAUGCCUGAAAUAAAUACAAAUGAACUGGAUGAGCAGCAGGUAGAGUUGCUGGCAGAGAUGUGCAUCCUUAUUGAUGAAAACGACAACAAAAUUGGUUCAGAUACCAAGAAAAACUGCCACCUGAAUGAGAACAUUGACAAAGGUAUCUAUCACUGUUCAGAUCCCAUUGUAUGUAAACUGGUCCUGCCUGGGUACUAAGCUGCAUCGAGCACUUCUACCUCGCCCCAUUUUUUGCCUCUAGGUUUUUUGCAAUCUACUUGCACAACAAGAUGUAGCAGUUAAAACGAGAAAGGGAGCUGGAGGAAAUGGAACAAGGAAGAUAGAGGAAUGUGGUUCAGCAGACUAGUCUUAUGCAUCCAUGUACAAGAUAACUUUGAAUUAAGAGUUCUUUAAGUGGUAAAGAAAAUCCUUUUCAUGCUGUGAAGUCAAAUAGCAAUUUAGGCUUGUUAAUCUGUUUUGAGUCACCGAUUACUUUGACACACAGCCCACAGAGCAACUUCCUGCCCCACCAUUUAGCCGUACCUUAUAUAGUUCUGCCCAGCACACAAAUUUAGACUGCGGGUGGCUUCUUCAAAUGUUUAUGCCAAAGAGCAAUAAAAGAUGAAUGAGUGUUCUUUUCAGGCUUCAGUUAAAGAGGUAAUGGGCAUAUUCCGUAAGCCAAGGUACACAAUUAUUUCUGUGGUUGAAACAUCACGUUUGGUGCAUAAGGAUAUAGGCAAUUUCCCUACUGCACACAAGAACAGAAGCAGCAUGAGUUAAAAACCCUUUUCUUGUGCUGACUUAUGCUGCUCCAGGAGAACAUCUGACACUAACCUGUUAUCUGACAGAAUAAAGACUUUAGUCUUCUAUGAUGUCUUUGAUUACAGAUCUGUAAGGAACUGCUCAAAAUAAAUAGCUCUGUUCCUCAGACAGUGCAAAAACACCUAAGCACUUGACUUUUGCAAAAGUAAUAUAUUGUAGUAUAUUGUAAGAUAUGGCAUACAAUAAUAUCUUAGGUUUACUCCUACAAAGUUCUCCAAAGGGUACCCAAGCAAUAAUUUAUUCAAAUACAUAUAUAUCCAACCCUCCUUUCCAAGGCAGUUACCAGCCUAAAUGAGAAACCACAAUGCAUACAGUGGAAAGUUUUGUUUAGAAAUAGGCUUCUCGUUUCUUUGUUUAAACUUUGGUUUUAAACUGUAAGAUCAAGUAUUAUGAUGAACACGAGUGAAGUUUACUCCCCACCCCCUUGCAGUACAUUCUUUUUAAAAGCAUAUUGCCUAUCUUUUUGUGCUAGGACUGCUGCAUCGUGCUUUCAGUGUCUUCUUGUUCAAUACGGAGAAUAAACUGCUAUUGCAACAAAGAUCAGAUGCCAAAAUCACUUUCCCAGGUUUGUUACUAAGCAACAAAUUCUUGUUUUCAUUGCAUAGCUUCUAUAAAAUACCACUUUGUGUCCUCAUAUAUUUCUGGAAUGCUUGAAAAAUAGAAUUAUCUGUUAAAUUUCAAACAAAUUUACUUACUUUCAUUUUCAAGUGAGCAGAUACUUGGGUAGCAGUAAUGUUUUCUCUCUCUGAAAGAAUGGUGGGGUGGGUGUGUUCAUGACCUGUAUUUGUUCGGUUAACAGCAGAAGCGUGAGAAACAUGCAAAGAUUUUCUGAUAGGUCAAAUGCCCAAAAGACUAUUUGGUGUGGUGAUGUUGUCUUUGGUCUAGACUAGCACACUUUUAGUGAAUAGGUGAAAAUUGAAGGGGGGGUGGAAAUCACAAAUUAAAUAAUGACUAGUGCUUUGUCCUUUUUUUCUAACCAUAUAUAACUCAGAAUGGGCUUGGGAACACAAUUGCACUUUAUGUUUACAUGCUGGAAAUGUAUUCUUUAUGGUGCUAAGCAUUGAUAGGUUUAUUUUGCUUUGAAUAUGGCAGUAUGUGCUAUUGUGUUGUUUUUUGGAACUUUGUUUCAAAUUUUGGAUACUUGGUACUGUCAACAAAAUGAGAUUGGCUACUUCAAGGAUUCUAGUAUCUGAAAGUCUGCAAAGUAUUCUCAAAACUGAAUCCACAAAACUUUUUUGGUAGAUUGCUUCACCAACACUUGUUGCAGUCAUCCCCUGAACACCGUGCUUGAAGUAGAAGAAAAGAAUGCAAUUGGCGUUCGAAGAGCAGCUCAGAGGCGCCUGAAAGAAGAGCUAGGAAUUCCAAUGGAACAGGUAAAUAAUGCUCUUAUUUCAGAGUAAUGACUUCCCUAGGGGAAAAUAGUUGAACAGCAUCUAGUUAUACUUGCAGUUCUAAAUACUAAUCAGAGCUGCAGUAUUUAUUUGGAACCUGUCGGCCCUAUUCCCAGAAGCUUAAGAGAAGGGAGCAAUUAUCACAGUGUGUUUGUUGCUACUUCAGCUUGUGUGUGCUUUUUCACUAGUCAGAAUGACCAGGUUUCGUGCAUGCCCUGGAUUGAGUUUCAGAAUAAUCACAAAUGAUCAAGACAUGCUUUCUUACAGAUGUUAGUUGAUAGACUGAUUGUAACAAUCUGUCCAGCAAGCACACCAGAAAGGUUUUUUGUAUAAUCUAAACAUAUAAGAAGCAAGGAAGGAACUAUUUUAAUAGUAUAGUUUUUCCCAGGGCUGGAAAGGGAUUUCAGAUGCCUUUGCUCCAGCAUAAAAUGUUUCUGUCUGGGCAACCAAACAUCAAAGUCUUUUUCUGGCAUUAGGUUUUUCACAAUAUUGCAAAUUCCUUCAUUUUCUUCCGUCUUGAGAAUUGUUGAAGCAAAACAAAUGUCUCUGGCCAUACCCAUAUGACUAGAGCUCUGAGGUACUCCUCUCUGCAGUUUAUAUUGGGGAGAAUGUUUUAUCUGAUAUAUUCACUCAAAUGUACAUUAUUCAAUUAAAUGCUCACUUGAGCCUUGAGUCUCUCACCAUCCCAGGCAGACAUGCACUCUGUCCACUCCAUUAUACACUAUUCCAGAGUCCUUAGGAGCAGAUUAGAUGGGGAAGGAAAGUCCAAGUGUCAUUCUUUUGAUCUGAGCAACUGACUAUACAAAUGUUUUAUUAAAAAUCAACCAUUUAAAAGCAAAAUCAAACUACCACAGCUCUUUCUCCAUCCAACCCACCCCUUUUAGGUUUGUAUUGAGGAGUUCUGAAAAAAUUAUCAUAAAAAUGCAGAAAGGAAGUAAUAAAGUACUGUCACUACAUGUUUUUGGUUGUAGGUAACACCAGAAGAAAUCUUGUACUUAACCCGAAUUCACUACAAAGCUCAGUCCAAUGGGAUCUGGGGAGAACAUGAAAUAGAUUACAUCUUGUUUGUGCAGAAGAAUGUGACGCUGAAUGCAGAUCCCAAUGAAAUUAAAAGUUACUGUUAUGUGACACAGGAAGAACUGAAAGAACUCCUGGAAAAAGCAUCCCGAAAUGAAAUUAAGAUUACUCCAUGGUUCAAACUGAUUGCAGAGACUUUUCUCUUUAAAUGGUGGGAUAACUUGAAUAAUCUGAAUAGGUUUGUGGAUCAUGAAAAGAUUCACAGAAUGUAACAGCUUGUAGAAUAUGCUGCUCUAAAAACGAUAUAGUACCAUUUAAUACUGAUAAAUGGCAAUAUCUGAAGCACUAAUUAUAAGUUGACUGCAACACAGGGAACGAAUUAGGAAUGAGAAGAUAUCCUGUGAAAGGAAUUUGAUUUUAUCUCUGGCUGAUUGUUAAAGCUUGAGUCUUUUCUGCCUUUCAUUUCUUGGAGUAAUUAUUUGGAUUAUUAACAAGCUUUCAAUGGGAAUGUAUUUGUUGAUAUAAUCACUAGAAUCUGAGGUUUAAUACUGACUAGACUACCAGUCAAGAUUGAAAAUUAAAUCUUAGCCAGGAUACCCCUCUAUUUUUCAGGGUAGGCUGUUUGCUGUACAAUAGGGAAGGAGUUAGUUCCCAGACUAGUUUUGUUCUUGGCUUAAUGCAGGGGAGGGGGACACUAACAUGUGACUCUCCAUCACUCCUAACUAGCAUAGCUGUUGAGAUUUCUGGUCCUAAAGGCUGCAUCUUGAAUGUCAUACUAAAGUCCAUGUUAGGGGAUAAGAGAAACAGUACUUACAUUCAAGGGUUGGCCUAUUUCAUCCACUCAUUUUCAGUUUUCUGGUGCGCUAGCAGUAUGGAGUAUGUGGGGUAAUAAGUAAGUGUGGUGUUAACUGCUCUAAUAGUACUUGUUCAUGUGUAAACUGUGCAUGAUGAAAACUAUUACGGGGCAGAACUAGGUGGUAUUCAAAAUGUCAAGUGAGAAUUUGUGCUUCAGUUGUCUCCAAAUGUGCCUUCCUUUUUUGAAUUAUUUGCUGUAAAAAGGAAAGGAAUUCUUGACUAUAAGGCCUGCCUAGUAACUCUUCACUUUACCUUGACUUAAGGGUGUUCCAUUUUCAGAUAUAACUAGAUAGUAAAAUCUGUGUAUAUUCAAACAUUCUGCUGUGUUCCAGAAAGCCGCUGGUGUAUUUUUAAUCAUUAAAAUGACUGAAUCCUAACAACUGAACUUAAUACUUCUUCAUGAAAAAAAUUAAUGUGUUCCAUUUUAAUUUUCCAUAACCUGUUAAAUUUAGGCUAGUUAAUAGAAAACCAAUUUUUGAGGAAUACAAUGACAAAUGUUAAUAAUUAUUGGACAGGCCCAUUGAGCUAAAUUUCUGAUCUUAAAAAUGCUUGUUCUUGAUCAGCAUCCCACAUCUUGGAGGUUCUUUAGAAGCUCAACUGAAGUGUAAAAUGCAGAUCAAGGACGGUGUCACCAGAGCCAGGAGGACACCAGUACAGCUAACAACCAGUCUCAAAGAAGCUGUUAUUCCUUCCAAACAAUGGAGGUCUUGCCCAAAUGAGGAAAACAAAAAGGAACACAAACUUUGGCAAAUGAGACAAUAAGGGUUCUUUAAAAAAUGGAGCAGGACACUGCUAAAAACAUGAACAACAGAACAUUUAAAUACCUUAGUAGCAGAUGACUGGCUAGGAAGACAGUUGGUAUCUUGGAUGACAAGGGAGCAAAAGGAGUGCUAGAGGUGGCUCAGAAUCCGAAUGAAUUCUCUGCUUUUGUUUUCACAGCAGAGGAUAUAGGACAGAUCCUGUACCUGAACUAACUUUUGCUAUCUGCGGUAAAUGAAAAACAGUUCUAGGCUUAAUAGACCAAAUAAAAACUAACAAAUUGCCAGAUUGAGAUAGCAUCCACCUAAGGGUUUCAAAAAAAUCAAAUGUGAUUUUCUAACAAAAAUAUGUAACUUUUGCCUCAAAUCAGCCUCUAUUGCUGGGAACUGGAAAGUAGCCAAUAUAACACUGAUUUUAAAAAACGGAUCCAGGAGGAAUCCUGAAUUGGUCCAUCUAGCUCAGUAUUGCCUACACAGCCUAAGAGGGCUUCUAUAUGUUUCAAACCUGCAUAUAAAGUUAAGUGCUCAGCUUAGACCACUCUGCGUGUAUCUUGAUAUUAUUAUAAAUUGCAACAUUUUGUUACCACUAAAUUUGUUAAUAUAGCUUUAUGAUAGAGCUGCUGCUUCCCAUAUCUAAUGAGAUGUAGUUAAAAUAGACCUUUGGGAAAUGAUACUUACUACCAGACCUCCAGGUAUUCAGUACAGAGGAAAAGUACCCCAGCAGAUUGAGAUAUGCAUCAUUUGGUAUGUACUUCUGCUGAAGUAACUGAAUGAAUGUUUGGGUUAUUUAUUUUAUACUUCAUUACGACAGAACUAACAAUAAAACCACAACUUUACUGGAAUAAAUGCUCCACAAA